UGAGGUUAGAGCAGCACAAUGUAAGAUUGUGUUAUUGAUGUUAGUUUGAAUUGUGGGGUGUACUGGAACAGAACUUGGGAUGGAUCAGGCAGUUGCUCACUUGUUAAUUUCCUCUUUGAAAAUAAGCGCACUUAGUAUAGGGGGUGUGAGACUUUUAGGUGAAGUCUUUCUGAGUUAUCUACCCCUUGGAAUCUUGAUAACAGUGGCAAUAGUAGGAUGUGUGUAUUACUUCAGGGUGCCUCCUCCAAACCCCAACGUUGUGGAGGCAAUUUUGGGAAAAGACCUUUCAGAAAUUGAAACUGGGAGUUCUGAAUAUGCCCUUAGAACAGUGGCUCACAGAGGGGCUGGUCUGGAUGCCCCUGAAAACACCCUGGCAGCAUUUAAGAUGUGUAAGGAUAAAAGUUGCGAUUUCAUCGAAUUCGACGUAUGCCUUACAGCAGAUGGGGUCCCUAUUGUUUUUCAUGAUAGUUCCACAGGAAGGUUAGCUGACUCCGACCUAGUUAUAAACGAGAGCAGGUGGGCUGAUUUGUGUAAUGUAAACUUAUCAGCUAAACAUCCUUUCAAGGAUCGCUACCCCCAAACUAACAUUCCAACCCUUGAUCAAACAGUUAACCAAUUGUUAGCAGCGGGACAGAAAAUGUUCAUUGACAUUAAAGACAAUGACACAAAGAUGGUGAACGUAAUUUUGAACUUAUUCGAAAAAUAUCCUGAGUUAGAGAGUAAGGCAUUAGUAACAUCAUUCUUCCCCACAUUGAUUUAUCUAAUCAGGAGAAAAAAUCCAAGAAUUGUUUGCUCCAUGGCUUGGAGGCCUUACGCUUUCGUUUAUGAAUCCUUCAAUUAUGCCCAAGGACCAGGACCAAAGAGGGCUAAAACUUGGUACAAACAUUGUUACCUCAUGCUCUGUGAUAUUCUACAUGAGUGGCUAUUGCCUAGGUUGACCUACUAUUUCCUAGGAUUGUCAGUUAUUCUUAUGCAUAAAGAUGCCUUGGAACCGAGAGCAAUUUUGGAUUGGAGAAAAAAAGGUGUAAGAGUUAUGGCAUGGACCGUGAACAGUCCGAUAGAGAAGCAAUACCUCGCCAAAGUGCUUAAAAUAACUUACUUAACUGAUACUUUUACUGGAGAAAGCAGUACACAUUUGGCAUUGUGAACGCAAAAUAUUUGGAAUCUGUUUGUAUUCCAUUGUAGCAAUCGUGAAAUUUAUAUUUUAUUUAUCGAUAUUCUCUUUUUUUACAGAAUUUCUAUUUAUUGUAUUCGAAAUGAAAAGUUUAAUAAACACAUACAAUAAUUA